AUGGAUUCUAGUGCGUUAGGCGACAAAAAGAAUACGAAAUCAAUAAGGAAAACAUUGAGUGGGGAAAACCCUAUGUUACACAAAAAUGUAAGCUGCAAAAACCGCGAAAAGCCGUUCCAAAACAUGAGCAAAUUCGCCAUGUUAACCCAAUUUGUACCGCUAGCUUUGCUAACGGCAUCCCUGUUCCUCCUAAUAGACACAGGAGAAAGUUGCAACGAGGCCGUCUGUGGUAGUGUGGUCAGCAAAUGUCUACUAACGAAAUCCUGCAACUGCGACUUGAAGAACUGUACGUGCUGCAAAGAAUGUAUCAAUUGUCUGAGCUAUCUCUACAGCGAAUGUUGUUCUUGUGUUGACAUAUGCCCCAAACCCAACGAUACAGCGACAGAUUUGAGCCGAAAAUCGCACGUGGAAGAAUUCGAUGAAGGAGUCCCCCAACUUUUUUCUCUCCUAACCGACUUUCCGGACACUUACAAAAGAUGGGAUUCGAAAUCGUUUCCCAUAGACAUGGAACUGAAUUAUUACGAACCCAAGAAGGAAAUCAAAAUAUCGAUGUUAAGCGUCGAGCAAGAAGUGGACCCAGCCAAGCAGAACACCAUAACGGUCAACUGUACAGUCGCUUUUUGGGCGCAAUGUAUGAGCUGGAGGAAGUGCAAGACUAGUUGCCAGUCGAUGGGUGCCUCUAGCUACCGAUGGUUCCACGAUGGCUGCUGCGAGUGUGUAGGAGAAUACUGUAUCAAGUACGGUAUCAACGAAAGCAGAUGCUCUGAAUGUCCUCAAAGCGAAGAAAGUAAACAGGACAGCGAUGAUAACGAAGAUGACUACGAUUACGGCGAGCACGAUGAAGAUGACGAAGACGAUGAUCUACACAACAGUCCAAAUCUCUGAUAGUUGUAGGAAUAGUUUAACUUUUUAAGCUUAUCGUUUAUUUCCGUGUACAGUGUUACUUUAGCCAACAUUGUACGAUAAUGGUUUUGUUAAAGCUAGUUCUUUAAUAUCAUCAACCAAUUCGGUUUUUUUAAAUGAUAGUGGUUUGUCUCUUCUUUAACUAUUGUUAUCCCAGUGUAUUGAAGCUAACGUUAGUCUAAUCUAUAAUUUUAAUUUAUUAACUAAUAGUUAGGAAAUACGUAAGUUGUUUUUUUAUAAGAUAAAACUAACCCAUAGAAUCUAAUGCAGAUUUAAUAUUAAAUAGCAUUAAGAAAACAAUGAGGUAUAUUGACUUUCAGGUUAAUUUUGUGUGCAACAGAUAUUUAUAUAUGUACAAUAAUAUGAUAUAACUAAUUUUAGAUGCCUAAAGUGUUUAUACUAUAUUUAGUUAUGAGGUGAACUGGCUUGUAUUGAUUUUAUUACUGCUUUAGAUACUUUAUGACUGUUGACGACAUUGUUCAUCAUUUUAAUUUAUUUUUGAUUCAAUUAUUACUUUGACAAUUGAGUACAGAUAAAUGAUUUCUUGUUGUGUUGUACUUUGUUUGGUAAAGGUACUUUUAAGCCUUGAAUUAUAUUUCCAGGCUACACAUCUUUUUUAAAUGAUACUCGAUAGUAGUCAAUGGUCUUUCUGGUUUUAAUUUAAAUUGCAAAUUGCAAUUUACUAUUUUUACUUGGAAUUAACCACAAUUUGACUUUAAAAUAAGUUUAUUUGGACGAUUUGGUUUCCACUUCGGAAAUUUUAUUAAAAUACACUUAAUAAAUUAAACAAAUUUUAUAAUUUGUUACCGUUUGUAUUCUGAGAACAAUUUUGAAAGUGGAAAUCGAAACCUCAAAAUAGAUUUGUUUUAAAGUAAAAUUCCCAGCUUACUCACAAUAAAAAUAGUAAAUAGCAUUAAUUUACGUAAAUCAUAUACAGCAUAUUUUCGGAGGAUUCGUAUAAUUAUGAUAUUUCUAUAUAUUCUAAAUAAUAAGUUAUCGAUUUUAAUUAUAUGUUAAAUAUAAUGUAAUUAGUUGUUUAUAUAUUAAAAUUACAGCCGUCCAUAACAAAUUGUAUUACUUUUUGUAAGUACUAACGGGAACUGUAAAGUUCUAGAUUUGUAUUUGAUAACUAAAAAUAUUUU